AUGCCCUCGCCCGAAGAAUCUGCCAAAGAAGAGUUGUCCGACGACUUUGAAGCAAUAGAUAACCCAAGAAGUCAACUUCCCGGAGCAUUCCUCCACACGCCCAAUCAACCUCCUUUUAUCUCCAACCUGUCAGCGCUAAGCGCGCUAACCGACACCCCGCUUAACACACCAGCAUCCCCUGUGCGCGAGAACGCGCUUUCUACAGUGGGAUUACCGAAGAUCAAGCAAGAAGCAUUUGAAACACCACGCACACCGAACUCGAUUCCAGGCGGAACUAUCGUAGCAAAUCUCCCCUUUGUAUACGCACACCAAGCGCUAACAAGACAGAAGACUCCUGUGCCCGCAACAUCCCAAUCACCUAUCAUGUCCACAGUAAGAACCAGAAUGCUUAUCCGUGGAACAAUGGACGUGCCUAAAUUCGACGGCACCAUGGAUAACCUCGCUGACUUUAUCGACGCAUAUGAGCAGCUCACUGAUGAAGUAGGUCUAUUAGGACUUGACCGCAUCAAAGGCAUUAUCCGCUACCUCGACUGCGAUGAUCACGAAUUAUGGGGCGGAAUGCCCAAGGCGCAAGUAAGCGAUUACAAUGCCUUCUUAGACGAGGUGAGGGUAAUGUAUCCAGGAUGGGAUGGCAAAAGGCGCUACGCGCUCGCGGACUUACAAGCCAUUGCGCGCGAGUACACUAACAAACCAAUGCCUUCUUACCAGGAAUUAAGUAGCUAUCUGCGCGCAUUCAAGAAGGUCAUGCAACUGCUUUUGGCAGAAGACCGUAUUGGGAAAGCCGAACACAACCGAUUAUUCAUGGAAGGCAUUCCUAAAGAUACCCAGGCGCUAGUCUGCACGCGCCUCAUGAUCAAGUUCCCAGACCAUUACCCGCAGGACCCAUAUCCGUUCAUGAAUGUUUUCGCAGCUGGACAGUUUGUACUACCAGCAAACGCACCCGCGCUAAGCGCAACGGCUAGCGCGCCCAAGGCUGCGCCACUCGCUAACCUAAUUGCCACUACUGCGCCAGCACAACCACCCGCGCAAGGUACAGUAACUAAGCACGAGUAUAAGUGCGAAGCACCCGUGUUCAACGACUGCACCUUCUGUGGCAGUCUCGAACAUUUCUAUCCUCAGUGCAUGGAAAGGCAAAGGUACAUUGACGCAGGUAAAUGCAAGGUUAGCGAGGAGAUGCGCAAACUCGUCUUGCCAGAUGGCAAGUGGAUUCCUGGACGAGGACUCCUCAAAGAACGGUUAGAUCGAUACCACAUGAGCUGCACAACGCAGGACACAACCGCUAGUGCAAGUGUGAUGGCCGGGCUCUUCUAUCGCACCCAAGAAGUCGACGCAGUAAUCGAAGUAGGGUCAUCCGCAUUUGUGCACACAGUCGCGCAAAUCAAGUCAGAGGAGGAUGAUCAGACAGAUGAUUUAAUGGCAGAGGCACUAGCCUAUGUAGCAGCGAAGCGAGACCAGAAGCACAACGCUAAAGGUAAAAAUGUCCGCUUUGAUGGCGUGGAAGUACCCAGUGAAACGCGCAUGCAUCCAAGACCCGCAUCAAGACAAGCUACAGUAGAGGAAGAGAUAAUCUCUCCCGAAAUACAAGCUUCGUCUGACAAAGGUAAAGGAAAAGAAUUAGCAAAAGUAGCGCCGACAAGCGCGCCAACUAGCGCUAAGGCGCCUCCCAAGGGCACCUCGUCAUCAUCAACCACAUCAUCAUCAUCAGCACCACCACCAUCCCCUUCACAAUCUUCAGCAUCAUUGUCAACACCAACUUCAGCACCAGCACCAAUUCAAUCAUCAUCAUAUCGUUAUGCAUUCCCGCUCGAGGACAAGGAGGCUGACAAACUCGUUGUCGAGCGCCUCCUCGAUUCUAACCUCAGCAUUCCUGUAAGGGAAUUAUUAGCUGUAUCUCCCGAUGUUCGCCAACAAUUUCAUGAACUCACGAUGAAGAAGCGCAUCACAGUAGGUGCAGUAUCAGUUCACAAAUUAUCAGGACAUCCCGCUGAAGGUCGCGCGUUGCCUAGUCUGCUAUACUUGAGACGACAAGUGCGUUCGACCCUAAAGGGGAAGCGAGUGCAGCAAGGAUCUAGAGAUCAAGGUGCCGAGGUAGUGGUCAUGCCAAGGGAAGUAUGGAAGGAGCUCGGUGUACUGCUCAGAUCAGACCAUAGCCUUAACAUGGAAUCGGUAAAUACGUCACGCGACUCGACACUAGGUGUUGUGGAGAACGUUCCGCUUGAUUUCGGCGCAGGGCCCUUGUACUUCCAAGUCCAAGUCAUCAAACGCGCAACCUUCGAGGUUUUACUAGGGCGCCCAUUCUUUAAGCUGACUUCAUGUCGCACCUUUGAUCUCCCCGAUGGGGAACAGGAUCUCUUACUGACCGACCCUAACACGUGCAAGGAACUGCGCAUUCCAACCCUACCUUGGGUCAAGCAUUCGCUCGCAAGAGACACGAAGUGCGCUAAUCCAGCGCACUCGCACACGCUCAAGGAGGAGGAUAAGGGUUUUUAA